AUGGCGGCGGAGGCGCGCGCGUCGCGCUGGUACUUCGGGGGGCUGGCCUCGUGCGGGGCGGCCUGCUGCACCCACCCGCUGGACCUGCUCAAGGUGCACCUGCAGACACAGCAGGAGGUGAAACUGCGCAUGGUGGGCAUGGCCCAGCGGGUGGUGCGCUCCGACGGCGUCCUGGCGCUCUACAGCGGCCUCAGCGCCUCGCUGUGCAGACAGAUGACCUACUCCCUGACCCGCUUCGCCAUCUACGAGACGGCAAGGGACCACAUGAGCCGGGGCGCCCAGGGGCCCCCACCCUUCUACAAGAAGGUGCUGCUGGGCGCUGUCAGUGGCUGCAUCGGAGGCUUCAUGGGGACUCCUGCAGACAUGGUCAACGUCAGGAUGCAGAAUGACAUGAAGCUGCCCCAGAACCAGCGCCGAAACUACGCCCACGCCCUGGAUGGCCUGUUCCGCGUGGCCCGGGAAGAGGGCGUGAAGCGGCUGUUCUCGGGCGCAACCAUGGCCUCCAGCCGAGGGAUGUUGGUCACCGUGGGCCAGCUGUCCUGCUACGACCAGGCCAAGCAGCUGGUCCUCAGCACGGGCUACCUGUCUGACGGCAUCUUCACCCACUUCGUGGCCAGCUUCAUUGCCGGCGGGUGCGCCACCAUCCUGUGCCAGCCUCUGGACGUGCUGAAGACCCGCCUGAUGAGCUCCAAGGGCGAGUACCAGGGCGUCCUGCACUGCGCGCUGGAGACCGCCAAGCUGGGGCCGCUGGCCUUCUACAAGGGCCUCCUGCCCGCCGGCAUCCGCCUCAUGCCCCACACCAUGCUCACGUUCGUGUUUCUGGAACAGCUCCGCAAGCACUUCGGCGUCAAAGUGCCGUCCUGAUGGGCCGGGGGAGGGGCAGGCCUUGCCCAGCCCCAGCGCCCACCUGGC